CCUUUGUAGAAAAGUCAAAGCAUGCGUCGUCUGAGUUCAGUCUGGCCGGCUUUUGAAGCCUGCUCGCGGAUAAGGAAGUAAGGGAAGUAGGCCUUUAUAGCAAGAAUUAAGAAACACAUUAGUGAGUUGUAGCAGGAGGACAAAAGGGGGGGUGGAGUUAAGAGUGGAAGUUGGAGGUUGAGGACAAGGGGACGGCGAUGAAUCCUGGACGCUGGAACUUGAUGAGGACACAACACAGCGCCAAUCCGUAACUGUGAGACACUCAACAUCACUGCUGCUAAUUAAAGUAAGGUCUUGUGUUCAUUUAGGAGGACCCGGGGGGCUGUCCGUCUAUCCAGCAGCAAUGCAGGGGCUGAUGUGGAGCCUUUGCGCCUUACUCUGCCUGUCCCUCUGGGAGGAAAGUUCCUGCAGGAACUCCAGGGAAGCCCGGAGGACUAAAGAGACAACUCGCCACAGAAGCAGAAGAGCUGCACUGGAUCCUGAUGCUAAAAAGUGUUCCUACACCUUCCUGGUCCCCGAGCAGAAAAUCACAGGUCCAAUCUGUGCCAGCUCCACAGGCCCUGAGCCGGACAAGGACCGAGUGAGCCGCAUGGACAUUGCAGAUGUGCGGGAGGUGCUCAGCAAACAGCGGCGUGAGAUCGAUACGCUGCAGCUGGUCGUGGACGUCGAUGGCAACCUGGUGAAUGAGAUGAAGCUACUGAGGAAAGAGAGCCGGAACAUGAACUCCAGGGUGACCCAGCUCUACAUGCAACUUCUGCACGAGAUCAUCAGGAAGAGGGACAACUCUCUGGAGAUUGCCCAGCUGGAGAACCGCGUCCUCAACGUGACGUCUGAGAUGAUGCGGCUGGCUUCGAGGUACAAGGAGCUAGAGGCUCGCUUUUCCUUAAUGGCCGGUGUGGUCAACAACCAGUCCGUUCUCAUCUCUGCCCUGGAGGAACACUGUCUGAGGCCAAUGGGGCGCAGCGAUUUACCCGCAGUCCCUCCGCUGGUUCAGGUGGUGCCGCAGAAUAUACCCGUCAACAACCGCUUCACCAAUGAAAUACAAAGGGACCACAAUAACCGGGGCUUCUCACGCGGGUCACGCGUUAACGCACCCACUCCAAACCCGCUUGGAAUUGACCCACCACCACCCCAAGGAACGCUUACUUCUGAUGGUCCGUUCAAGGACUGCUUCCAGGUGCGAAAAGCUGGCCACACCACCAGUGGGAUGUACCUGCUGAAAACUGAAAGCAGUGAGCGACUGAUCCAAGUCUGGUGUGAGCACGGCCUCGACAACGGCGGGUGGACCGUGUUGCAAAGGAGGAGAGACGGCUCGGUCAAUUUCUUCCGCAAUUGGGAGAACUAUAAGAAAGGUUUCGGCAACAUCGAUGGCGAGCACUGGCUUGGGCUGGAAAACAUCUACAACCUUGGCAAACAGGGCGACUAUAAGCUGAUGGUGGAGCUGGAGGACUGGACCGGGAAGAAGGUGUACGCCGAGUACGGCAGCUUCCGCUUGGAGUCCGAGAGCGAGGGUUACCGCCUAAGGCUUGGCACCUACCAGGGCAACGCCGGGGACUCCUUCGGUAUUCACAACGGCAAGCAGUUCACCACGCUUGACCGCGACAAGGACGCCUUUUCCGGUAACUGCGCUCACUUCCAUAAGGGCGGCUGGUGGUACAACGCCUGUGGCCAGACCAACCUUAACGGGGUCUGGUACAGCGGGGGAGUUUAUCGCAGCAAAUUUCAGGACGGGAUCUUCUGGGCAGAAUACGGAGGGGGGUUUUACUCGCUAAAAUCAGUACGUCUUAUGAUCCGACCCAUUGACUAGAACCUUUGGAGAGUGGAUCUUUCUCAAGCACCUCAACCUCCUUCCUAUUAUUUUGUAUAUAUAUAUAUAUACAUAUAUAUAUAUAUAUACACACCUUGAAUACACACUGUUCAAGUAAGAGCAGGAAACAACUGCUAUCGAGGAAGAAACAAUGGCAUAUGGACGGAUUGAUGACCCCAGCAGCCGGAAUGCCAAACCGAAAAGUGGACAAUUGAUGGAACAAUGUGUGUAAUCAUAAGGGGAAUGGACUUGAUAUUGCUUUUGAGCAGUUUAUGUUCGCCUUUGAGAGUAAUCAUGUUCAUUUCCGGAGAAAAAAUAAACACAUGGAUGUUCAAUCUUUGCCAGUAAGACUAACCUGGUCUCGCACUACAGUUUUCUAUGCAUUUUUAAGCAGGAAAUGGUGUGUAAAUAGCUUAAGCUUUAUUUGUGAUAGCUUAAUUUAAUUCUACUCAGGCCGAAAUGUUCACAACGCCACUUUGCCAGUUAUUUAACAGUGAGUAUUUAUGGGAAGCAUAUCCAUAUUUAGCCAACUAAGAUUUCUUUCAGCAUGAGGUAAUAGCGUUGCAGCAGAACACUGGUUAUCACAGAAUGAGAUGGUAGGAUUUUUUUUUUUUUUUAACCAUGUACAUUUUUGUAAACAAACCCUUCUUUCACAUUUAAAUCUAUAAAUAGAUGACAUUUAUCCUCUAUAUUUUCAUUCCUUGAAAAGGUUUAUAUCGAUUGUGCAUACUGGAAGAUAUUAAAGCAUUGCAACCCUGUUUCUGAAACGCAAAUAAGACGAUGCAGACUAUGCAUGAAGUAAGUAAGUAAGUAAUUCCCAGACAGUUUUUUAAUUUCAUUUUGUCAAAUUAAAGUACUUUGUCAACACUGA